GCAGAUCACGUGAUCGGUCUGCAGCGUGACGUGACAUCAGCUGACUGCAGGCUGCAGGAACAAGAACAAGACGAACCUCGUCGACCUUCACGUCGUGUCUCCGGUGUCUGCUGCGUCUCUUCUGCUCCGACAUGGCGAGUCAGUCUCAGGGCAUCCAGCAGCUGCUGCAGGCGGAGAAGAGAGCCGCGGAGAAGGUGGCCGAGGCCCGCAAACGUAAGAACCGACGUCUGAAGCAGGCGAAAGAAGAAGCUCAGGCCGAGAUCGAACAAUAUCGACUGCAGAGAGAGAAAGAGUUCAAGACCAAAGAGGCUGCUGCCCUCGGUUCUCAUGGCAACAGCGCCGUUGAGGUCGACCGGGACACGGUGGAGCGGAUGGGUCUCAUCCAGGCCAGUUACCGGGGCAACCGUGAGGCGGUGCUGGGCGAGUUGCUGCGCCGCGUCUGCGACAUCAAGCCGGAGUUCCACGCAAACUACCGUGUGGCAGGCUGAGGGGCGUGGCCUGGGUGUUAGGGGCGGGGCCAUCAGCGCAUGUGGGCGGGGCAACCAUAGGGGGCGUGGUCGUUAGCGACAUUAGCUUCGAUCAGAUUUACUUCCUGGUUUCGUUUAAGUUUUUGUGACUCAAAAGUAAUUCAUCGGAAAUUUUCCCCAAAACGAAAAGUUUUAUUUCGAAGCUGCGAAGUUCCUCUCUUCCUGUUUUUCUGCUCCGAGCAAAGACGUUGAUAAAUGUUGUGUUACUGUGUUGAUGUUUACGAAAUAUUUAUAUAUAAAUAUAUUUCUUUAAAUCUUUCCCUGAAUCUAACAAAGUAAAAGUCCUCCUUCACUGUUUCUCCGUGAGGUUUCAAGAGAAAAUCAUCCAAUCAGGUGUCGGCUAAAAGUAAAAUAAAAUAAUAGAUGAAUUAAUCUAAAUGGAAUGAGAGUUAAUGAGCUGAGUGGUUGUUUUCCUCUGAAGUCACGACUCCGUCACGACUCAUCUCUGUUCUCAAACCUGAUUGGCUGGAGAAAAUGAAAAGGCUUUUAUUGUGAAACUCUUGUGCAUUUCCAGUUUUUUUGUGGUUGUUUCUUGUGUGUGACUUUAUGACUUCCUGUUGUUCUGAUGACUUCCUGUUGAUGUUUGUGAAGUUAUGAUGAUGAUAAUAUUAAACUGAAUGUUGAUUGGCUGAAA